GCCAUCCCCGCGCGCCCCUCCGCGCCCCCUCCCCCUCCCGCCGGCGGCGCUUGUGGCCCGGCCCGACCCGGCCCGGCGCGGCUCCCCGGGACUCGGGCCGCGCCGCGAAGAAGCGGGAAGGAGGCGGCUGCCCGAUUUGUUUGUAAAUGCAUCAUAAACAGACAGCCCAGAAUGAAGAAAGCAAGCCGGAGUGUUGGCUCAGUGCCCAAAGUGCCUGGAGUAAAUAAAACUCAAACAACUGAAAAAGCCAAACCAGAGAACGGCUCCUCAGUGUCUGCAGUAACAAAACUCUCCAAAACUGGGACAUCAGCAUCUCUUUUGAAGACAAAGAGUAAUGAUGACCUCUUAGCGGGGAUGGCUGGUGGUGGAGCAGUGACAAUGACCAAUGGUGUCAAGGCAAAGAAGAACACUUGUGUAUCAACAGCAUCUUCAGCUUCAGGGCCAGCCAUGAACAGUCUGGAAAAUAAACCCAAAACUAUUGCAGGUACAAGUUCCACAACUAAGCGUAGCACUUCAUCUGGAAAUAAAGAGUCAAGCUCUUCUAGAGAAAGAAUACGCGAUCGUUCUCGUUUAAGCCAGAGCAAAAAGCUCCCUUUGACUGGACAGGGGACCAAUGAUACGGUACUGGCAAAACGCUCCCGUAGUCGCACCAAUCCAGAAUCGGACAUUCGAAUGAGCAAGUCCAAAUCGGACAAUCAAAUCAGUGACAAAGCUGCGUUGGAAGCAAAGGUGAACGAUCUUUUGACAUUAGCAAAAACUAAAGAUGUGGAAAUCUUGCAUCUGCGGAAUGAACUAAGGGAUAUGCGUGCUCAGCUGGGACUUAACGAAGAUCAGCUUGAAGGUGAUGAAAAAUCUGAAGAAAAAGAGGCCACUGUUGUCCAUCAGCCAACUGAUGUAGAGUCUACGUUGCUACAGCUACAGGAGCAAAACACUGCCAUCCGAGAAGAGCUCAACCAGCUGAAGAAUGAGAAUCGAAUGUUAAAAGACCGACUAAAUGCAUUAGGGUUUUCUUUGGAGCAAAGGCUGGACAACUCUGAAAAACUCUUUGGCUAUCAGUCUUUGAGUCCAGAGAUUACAGCUGGCAACCACAGUGAUGGUGGUGGUACUCUGACAUCUUCGGUGGAAGGUUCUGCUCCCGGAUCAAUGGAAGACUUGUUAAGUCAGGAUGAAAACACUUUGAUGGACAAUCAACAUAGUAAUUCCAUGGAUAAUUUAGACAGUGAGUGCAGUGAAGUUUAUCAGCCACUGACAUCAAGUGAUGAUGCCUUAGACGCUCCAUCAUCUUCGGAGUCUGAAGGUGUACCGAGUAUAGAAAGAUCUAGGAAGGGAAGCAGUGGCAAUGCAAGUGAAGUGUCCGUAGCUUGUCUGACAGAACGGAUACAUCAGAUGGAAGAGAAUCAACACAGUACAGCUGAAGAGCUCCAAGCCACGCUUCAAGAGCUUGCAGAUUUGCAACAAAUAACGCAAGAGCUAAACAGUGAGAAUGAAAGACUUGGAGAAGAAAAAGUAAUCCUUAUGGAAUCUUUGUGCCAGCAAAGUGACAAGUUAGAACACUUCAGCCGUCAGAUCGAGUAUUUUCGGUCCCUUUUAGAUGAACACCAUAUUUCAUAUGUCAUUGAUGAAGAUAUGAAAAGUGGUCGCUACAUGGAGUUAGAGCAACGUUACAUGGACCUUGCAGAGAAUGCUCGGUUUGAGCGAGAGCAGCUGUUAGGUGUUCAGCAGCACUUGAGUAACACUUUGAAGAUGGCAGAACAAGACAACAAGGAGGCCCAAGAAAUGAUAGGGGCAUUAAAAGAAAGAAAUCACCACAUGGAACGGAUAAUUGAGUCAGAGCAGAAGAGCAAAACGGCAAUAGCAUCUACUUUAGAGGAGUACAAAGCCACGGUGGCCAGUGACCAGAUUGAGAUGAACAGGCUGAAAGCUCAGUUAGAGCAUGAAAAGCAGAAAGUGGCUGAGUUGUAUUCUAUACACAACUCCGGAGACAAGUCAGAUAUACAAGAUUUGCUGGAGAGCGUCAGGCUGGAUAAAGAAAAAGCAGAGACUUUGUGCAGUAGUCUGCAAGAAGAGCUGGCACACGCCCGCAAUGAUGUCAAUCGAUUGCAAGAUGCCAUUGCUAAGGUUGAAGAUGAAUACAGAGCGUUCCAAGAAGAAGCCAAGAAACAAAUUGAAGAUCUCAAUGUGGCUCUAGAAAAACUUCGGACAGAACUAGAUGAAAAAGAGACUGAGAGAAGUGACAUGAAGGAAACUAUCUUUGAGCUGGAGGAUGAAGUAGAGCAGCAUCGUGCUGUGAAGCUUCAUGACAAUCUCAUCAUAUCUGAUUUGGAGAAUACAGUUAAAAAGCUUCAGGACCAAAAGCAUGACAUGGAAAGAGAGAUAAAGAAUCUUCACAGGCGACUCCGGGAGGAGUCAGCAGAAUGGCGUCAGUUCCAAGCAGAUCUACAGACUGCAGUGGUUAUAGCAAAUGAUAUAAAGUCUGAGGCCCAGGAGGAGAUAGGAGACCUGAAGCGUAGGUUACAUGAAGCUCAGGAGAAAAAUGAGAAGCUUACUAAAGAGUUGGAGGAAAUAAAGUCACGCAAGCAGGAAGAGGAACGUGGUCGAGUGUACAAUUACAUGAAUGCUGUAGAGAGAGAUUUGGCAGCUCUGAGACAAGGAAUGGGCCUGAGUCGCAGAUCAUCCACCUCCUCGGAGCCAACUCCUACUGUGAAAACACUCAUCAAGUCAUUUGACAGUGCCUCCCAAGUUCCAAGCCCCGCUGCUGCCACGAUUCCUCGCACUCCCCUGAGCCCAAGUCCCAUGAAAACUCCCCCGGCUGCUGCUGUAUCCCCUAUGCAGAGGCAUUCGAUAAGUGGACCAAUCUCAGCUUCAAAACCCCUUGCUACACUGACAGACAAAAGACCAAGCUACGCUGAAAUCCCUGUGCAAGAACAUUUGUUGAGAACAUCUUCUACCAGCAGGCCAGCAUCUUUGCCAAGAGUACCUGCUAUGGAAAGUGCCAAAUCUAUUUCUGUGUCUCGAAGAAGUAGUGAAGAAAUCAAACGGGAUAUCACUGCACCUGAUGGAGCAUCUCCAGCAUCUCUCAUGGCAAUGGGUACCACCUCACCACAGCUGUCACUCUCAUCUUCUCCAACGGCAUCAGUCACCCCUACAACCAGAAGUCGAAUAAGGGAAGAGAGGAAAGAUCCCUUGUCUGCCCUAGCAAGAGAAUAUGGAGGAUCCAAGAGAAACGCCUUGCUGAAGUGGUGCCAGAAAAAAACAGAAGGCUAUCAGAAUAUCGACAUAACAAACUUCAGCAGUAGCUGGAAUGAUGGCUUGGCUUUCUGCGCAGUCCUCCAUACUUACCUCCCAGCACAUAUUCCCUAUCAAGAGCUAAACAGCCAGGACAAGAGAAGAAACUUCACUUUGGCUUUUCAGGCAGCUGAAAGUGUCGGCAUCAAAUCUACUCUGGACAUCAAUGAAAUGGUGCGAACUGAGCGUCCAGACUGGCAGAAUGUCAUGCUGUAUGUUACAGCCAUUUACAAAUACUUUGAAACCUGAAACCCUAAUAAUUCAACAGAUCCGUGGGCUACCAGAUGGAAAACUUACUGAAAUGCUAAUCCCCAUUUCACUGAAAACUGGCAACAUUUGAGUCCCCUCAAGCUUCAGUGACAAUAUCCUGGAUUGCCUCAGAUUGCUUCAGCUACUAAGCCUGGAAACAACUGUUUAAAAGCAAGAACUUGUUACCACAGUGCUUGGAAUAACCCAAGUUAUUAAGCUAUUCAUGUUAAUUAUGUAGCCUAAAGAGCCUGGACUACUUAUGUGCUGCCUUUCCGGCCAGACUUCCUGAAGCUUUCUUUCCUAGGAGAGUGAGAUGAAUGGAUCCUCUAGCAUGUAAGAGACUGAAUGUACAGCUAAAGCUUUGAGAAGGAAAAGGAUAACAUGGCAUCGUAUUACUGAACUUUCUCUAGCGUUCUGAUACCACAGAAUCUGAAUAUUCUACCCACAGCAUAUGACCCCGAUACAGCAGAGUUCUUAAUGGUAAUUUAGUUACUGCCUUUCCCUUUCCCUCCUUUAAAAUAUGCACAAUAUUCUAGGAAAACAAGCUUUUGUUCCAUAAUGACAAAUUGAGUGGAAAAGUGCUCUUGAUACCUCGAAAACUUUGGCACAGAAGAACUCGUCAUUCUAAAGCUUCGUUAUAAGCCUACCUCUGUCACAGUGAUGUGGCUUCCAACUUUAUCUUAUGGAUUGUAAAGACUAGCACAUACAGCUCCUGGUUUUCAGGGUACGCUAUACUUCAAGGAAUCUGUCCAAACUCCUUGUGCUUCCAUUAUAACAGAAAUGAAUCAAUAAUCAGCCCUUGUACAGCUUGUUCUUCCUCCUCUUCCUCCUUUGCCUGUAUAGCACGCACAGCUACCCCAGGCUUUACUCUACAGCAAUACGAGCAAACAUCAUGGAUUUCUGUGGUAGAAUUUUGGAACUGGGAUAGCAUUUCCUCUGCAGAGAAGAUAUUUUCGGUGAGAUGUAAUAAUUAAGUGGUUUGUCUGAAAAUCCAGCUUUGCCAUGUUUUCUGUGUGGUUUUCGUUGAUCUUGCACAUCCUCAUCUGACUGACAGAAGGUGAGGCGUUCUGUAACAAGAGCUAUGGAGGAACUGAUGUCAUGUGUAUGCACCCCGUAGUCUUGAAUAUUGCGUGGAAGUGACUCACUGUCACAAGGAAUUGAGAAACUCUAGUCUGCUCAACUUCUAUUUUCCUAAAAUGUACCUGAAUUCAUGUAACGGUUCUCUGGCAAAACAGUUCAAGUUAAGUGCCUUAGCGAUCAUUGAAUCGAUACAUCCUGGCACUUCAGGGCCUCAUGCAGAAUGUUAAUGGCUCAGAACAAUUUCAUAUAUCCAUUUGUCAUAAGCUGUUUGUUCUAAUCUUGUUUGUCAAAUCAAGGGAAGACUUCAUUCUAUCAUUGCUUCUGCCUCUUAUUUUUCCGAAUACUUAGCAGCAGUUAAGCCACAGUUGAACGUCUCUCAUUAAUAUUAAGCAGAAGCCUACUUUAGAAGUGAGUUCUAUAGCAACUGCUAUUUAUAAGCACAUGCUCUUUCAACACAGUAACCCUGUUAUAAAGAAAAUUAAUCUGCCAUUCCUGUGAUGCUCUUAUGACUGUUAAGGACAGUUUGAAUGUCAUAGAUGUUAACCCAGUGAAUGCAACUAUGCUUGGCAUCUCUGAAACUUUGUCAUUGUAUAAAAGCACAGAUUUAACUCAAAAUGAUUGCCAAAUGCAAAAACCUGUCAUCUGAAGAACAUAGCCCAUGUGAAGAGUAAUAAUUCAGCAUGUCUCUAGCAGCUAGCAUUGUCUAAAAAUAUACACUUCCAUUGAUAUGUGCCUGGGAGAAUUACAAAAGUUUGCAAAAUUGUUUCUUAAUCCAUGCAGAGGGCCUUUGGAGAAGUUUUCAGAGCAGCGGUGUCUUGUACAUUCUCACAGUUAUUUAGAACCCUAAAAGUAGCUAGAUACUCCCUAUUAAUUGGUGCAUUUAAAGAGCCAACGUAAUCUAAAGACAGUUGUCACGAGAGAGGCUUCAAGUGAAAAAUCUUCAUUAACAGAUUUUAAUAAAAGCCUGAAAUACAAUUUUCUCUCCUGUAUAUUUUUUAAAAAAAAUGUUCUUCAUUUCUUCAAAUAAGUUUCAGUAAGAAUAGUCUUAUUAGCAAUAAAGGAAUAUCAGGCUCCGUGAAGAAGUUUUUGUAUAAUGAUAUAUCUGAGCCUUUACAUGUAAGAUGCUGCACAGCUGUCCGAGUGGCAGAAAUGAAGCAAUGGAAGAUCUGAACCAAACAUAAUGCCCCGCUGCACUCUACAACAUGGGUUUUUUCUGAAGUUUCAAAUAGCGUUAAAUUUCUCAAGAGGAAGAAUAGCCGUAGCCCUUCCAGCUGUGGAUGAUACUGUUCUGUUUGGUUCCUACUAAUAGUUAAUCCUGAAACAGCCUGGGUUUUGUACAUAUGAAGUGCAAGCUUAUGCUGAUUUACUUUCCUUUUUAAUCUAGACAAUAUUUCUGAAUGUACCACAAAAAGGACAAAUAUUUUAUCAUCAAUUUAUAUUAUUGCAUUUUAAUGUGUGCCUUGCAAAUGCCUGUGCUGUAGGGGUGGGGUGGGCAACCAAACGGACCUGUUGAACAUAUUGGUGCAGACAGAGCUGUAUCAUCUGCUGGGGCUUCUUUCGCAGAACGCUUCCAUGGAUCAGAGAGGUCCCUUUAGAACCAGAGGUAUCUUUGGUUUGUCUAGUUGUCAUCCUGAUGCAAGAUCAUCAGCAAUGAACUGAAUGAACAAUUCUGGGGUUUUCUUUCCCUCCCAUCCCUUCUUUUUUUGGUAAAGUUCCAUUUUAGUUAUUCAGGAAAACUCUGUCAGAGAAGUUUUGAUACAGAGAAUCUAACAAUAACAGAACUGAGGUGACUUCAGAAUGGAUCACUCUUGAUUUGGUUUACAGCUGGUUUUAUUUGAUCCAGUUUGAUUUGGUUGUCUUGUAUAUUUAAAUAGAAACACUAAUUUAGGAUCUCUGGUGUGAGUGGCAGUGGCUCUCACAAAGAUCUCUCAUUCUCAUGCCUCUGAAAAAUUGUGAGUGAAAUUUUUCCUUUUAAGUUUGUGUUUGUGGAUAGGUUAUCCAGAAUAUAGCGUUUAAUUACAGCAUAUUCUGUUUUAAAAGGGUGGGGUUUUUUUUUCUCUUUUGCAUGAAAUAUAUUCCUCAAGUUAAAUGUAGCAUUUCUGAUUUUUUUUUUUUUGUCUGCAAUAUUGUAAAAUAUUUCCACUGAUUGUGUUUCUGUCAAGUCUAUAAUCAUGCUUUAGGGUCCCUUUGAUUUGCCAGAACUAAAUGAACUUGGCUUUGACAUACUGGUGUUAACUCAUAUUAAUACCCCUGGCAGCAGUCGUACUCUGGUUUUCCAUGCAUGAGGAGAGGUGAUUUUGCCCCUUGCUCUAAUGAUGCUCACAGUACAGUGCUUGAAACUGCUGAGGAUCUGCCUUAAGAAUGUUGUAGCCGUGAUUAAAAAUUCUCAUUAGCAUCUCAUUCCUGUUAAUGAUCUCAAUGUUUAAUUUUUAUCAAUUUUUUCACUUCCCACAUUCAACACUUCAGACAUUUGGAUUCUGCAUCUUUUGCAUUGACAAAAAUUACUUUUACUCAAUUAUCUCUGUUUCUGUACAGUUUUGGUCCAGGGUACAAAUGUUAUUAUAGCCUAGUUUUAAACAAGAUUCUUUAGGAAGCUGAAGAUAUGAAGAACUUGGGGGGUAUUUUUCUUACUUUCUGUGUUCUGCCUGGGACUGGUUUGGGAAUGCUGUCUGUUUUUCAGUUGCAACGUGACAAUAUCUUCCAAAGCUGCCCCCUUUGGAGGGCUAGCAUCAAGCUAUGCAUAGGCUGGAGUUAAGCCUUUAAAACUCUGUUCAACUCAAGACUUUACUUCUUAUUUCCCUCUUGCAACUAAUACAAUCCCAGCUUAACUGCAUCGAGAGUGAGCUAUUAAGGGGCAGAAUUCUUCUGGGAAGGAAUCCAAUUGUAUACCUUGACACUAUUUUUUGCUUGUUGUAAUAAUCUUGCUGAGGUGGCCUAAGAAAGAGGAUUUUUAAAUAGUGGUGUUCAUGUACAGACUCAUUUAACUGUAUAGUUUGUCUGUGAUCCUUCCCUUGACUUGUUAAGUAUUUCUGGUUUAUUUUCACGUUCUGCCAAGCUUUAUUUCCACAACUCCUUUCUUUAAGCUAGCAUUAGUGUACGAAUACUCAGUAACCAGUUUGAGAAAUGAUUUGGCGAAAAGUGGCAUUGAAGUGUAGCUGUUAUCCACGAGCACUGGACCUGGCUCCGGGCUUUCCCAACAUCAUAUGUGCUGGUUGGUACAUGUGUUAGAGCCGCUUUGCUCUCCCAUACAGCUGCAUCACCUCAUGGUGUCCAUCAGGUGUGCUUGCCCCCGAGUUAUCAACUCCUUAAAUGAGUUAAGGGCUUGUAGACAUCUCUUAAUAUAUUUAAUUGUCCCUAUUUAGAAAGAUAUCUCUAGUAGUAUUUCUGCUUUCAAAGGACAGUGGGUGGAUGGGUUUUAAAUUACUGUCUGGCUUGCUGAGCAUUCCCAGUCCUCCAUUCCGCUGAGUUUUUUCUCUUGUAUUCCCUGUGGUUUCAGUAGUAGUUGUAGUAUGCUUUGUGGUUGUCAAAGCCAAGAUGUUAAGCAUCUGGAAUAUGUAGUAAGUAUGCUUUUGAUAAUUAAUUCUAAAUAACUUUUAAAAAUCAAGGUUUGUACAGUUCUGAUUUCUGUUAAAGUGUAUUUUUUUUCCCAUAUGUAUUUGUGCUUACCACUUUUGGGGAUGCAAGACCCCAUGACCUGAGUUUGACAAGGCCGCUAUCCUAACCCCCAUAAAUUAAUUCAUUCUGUGCUAAUAGGAUUAUUUCCUCACACUGAAACUUCAGUGUAAACCUAUGAAUACCAGAUGACUUCCUUCCAACUGACAUUUAUCUUUUACUUGCAGUAUUCCUUACCCUUAGGCCCCUGUCUGCCACAGAGUUGCACAUAAAGUUCCCAUCAGUCCCAGCAGGACUUGUGGAUGCAAAGCGAUAGGGUCAGCUUUUGGCAAAGGUGGGCAGCCCGAUGUAAUUUAGCUGGUUUCAUUUUAAUCCCCUAUUUUCAGGGGGUUUCAGUUUAGCCAAAAUCACUUACUCAAAGCUGAAAUGUGGUGCGUUUGUUCUCCCCUGGGAAGUAUGCUUCUGUUUAAUAAUAUUUUUUAUGAGAUUGUAUUUAUGGAAACUGAAAGAAAAAUGUCAUGAAGCUAGUUUGUUGCACUUUUCUAAGGCUUUUGUAUUUUGCAUAGAGUUCUAGAAUAUGAACAAGUUGUUUGGGGAAGUCAAGGCUUUAAACUUACUGUGCCCCAGCAUAACAACGUAUUACGUGCAUUUUCAUUCUAGUGAUGUAUGUCUUAUUUUAAUGGCAUGUAACUAGUGUAUUUAUAUGGUAGUUCAGAAAGCCAGUGGACAUUCCUGCUGCAGAGGAGCCGUUGGCAGUGCUGGUUCCACAGUUCGUGAACUGACCAGUUUUGACAGCACGCUGCAUUUGCAAUAAUGGAGCAGUUGAUUUUUGGUUCUGAACUCCAUUUCAGCAAAUGGGGAGAAAGAGGCUUUUCUUUCGUUCCAUUGUUGAAAUUUCUCUGGAUACUUUUACUGGUUUCCAAUUAUUGCUUGUGCUCAAUUAGGAUGAUUACUUGGGAAUCAGUUCACUAAAGAGGAUACAAAUCCAUGUAAUGUGCUCAAGUAAUUCAUCCCCGUGACUUACAACAUUUCAGUGUGUUAAAAACUUUUGGUUUUACGUAUAUUGUAAGAUUGAUUUUACUGUUUUUAAGUAGCACUUUUAUGCAUAUCUGAAGGCUUCUUUGGGGCAGAAAUGUUAUUUCUGUGUGUUAUCUAGUGGAAAGAAAGUAUAACACUACUAAACAAAGCAUAGACUAGCUAGCCUCCAGACUGUACGUUCACUUUAGGUCAGUAAUGAUCAGGAGUUGUUCGAUGUGUAUGAAAUGAAUCAGUGAUCCCUUUUACUAUUGGACAAUUCUCCAGAUCGAAGUCAGAAGGGCAUUAAUUGGUACCCUCCAGCCCUUGGGUGAGGGUCCUUUCAGUUCAGGUGUGAGGCAGAACUGACAGAACAAAGUGAUGAAUUUUGGACUCAGUGAAAAAACACAAUUCCGUUGGUGUCUCGGCAGCAUAUUGGAUAAGGACUAACCCUGUUUGAGAUGACACUGCAGCCAGUACUAAUAUCUCCUAAAUAGCUAAUUUUCCAUGGUCUUUAAAGAUGAUGUAAAAAAACAGUGAUUCUUGAAAGCUCUUCUCACCUCUCUGGCUUUUCUGCUUUGUAUUGGUUCUAUACUCCCUCAGAACAGCUGUUAGACUGACCAAACAAUAUGUGUAUGGGGUUAGUAAUUCUUGUUCUAGACAACAAGCAUUUUUCUUUUCUUUCCAGAACUCUUUGAAAAGGUUUACACACACAUUGACAUACAUAAACAUUUUACAUAUAUAGAGACAUUUUACAAAAAUGUAUAUAUGUACACACGCAUAUAUACAUGAGUGUAUACAUAUAUUUACAUAUGCCUGUUCUUAAUAAAACUGAACAUGUUUCAAGGAGUGCUUGCGUCUUGGAUGCUUAGUGCUGUAUUAGCCUAUAUGUUUAAAAGGCAUGGAGGAAAAACAACAUUUUGUUUGCUUCUGGUUAGAGCUGAGAAAUACAGGUUUAAGGAAAACUUGGAAGUAUGUUCAAAUUGUAUUUCACCUUGUUUCUGUUUUGAAAGGCACAAGCUGUUAAUCAUUGGAACUUAGAAGGUCAGCAAGCAUAUUUUAAGCUAAACCUUUUGGAGGACCAAUAUGCUUUUAGUUUGCAAGGACCACUAAAGAUCUGGGCAUUUACUUUCUCCAUAAUGUAUCUGUAUGAGUAUUUAGUAUAUAUGCCUUCCAUUUGCCAAUGUUGCCAUGUUUUCUUCUUAAUUAUUCAUGAAAUAAAGCUUGCAAAUAGCAAAA